AUGGAGGAGUAUCCUGUAAUGGAUAUGCGGUUGCCACCUGGUACCCAUGACCAGGAUGGAGUGCAUGAAAGCCUUCAAUUAUGCCGGGCCAUCGCUGUUCGUGUGUUGGAGACCACACUACGACUUCCUGGAUUAAUAUUGCUGGAAUUAUGGUGGAGAAAUCGAGAUAUUAGCUUUGACGAAAUCACACAGGAGAUGCUGAAAAAGGCACCUUUCAACUCUUACCUUGAUAUUUCUACUAUUCUUGAUUUUGUUCACAGAAGGAAUUUCGACAACUCAGCAGCUCUCAUUUUGAGUUAUUCAGUGCUAUUUCUCAGCAUUAUGUUCCUGACUUUACCAAUAACGAAGCUUUUCAAGCUGUAUGGUCAUGCGUUUAGCUUGCUAAUAUUCGCAUUCGCUCACUAUAUGUCGAUUACAUAUGUAUAUCUUGAACAAGACAGCGAAGAUAAGGAGCUAAAACUUGACAACUUUGUUAAGCUGGAGAGGCAUGGAUUCCACUUCUUGGCUCAACUUAUGCUGAGUGUUGUGCAGAGCUGUGUUCUUGGCCUUGAAAGUGACGUUGGCCGGGCUUUUCUCACUGUGUUCACUCUUCCCAUUGUCGCUAGAAUGUGUGGAUUUCCUUUAGAUAAACUAAUCCUUACACACAAUGUGGCUUGUUCUUUGGUUAUGUUAUCUAUUUGCAUCUAUGUGCUCAAUCGAGUCCCAGAUAUGGUCCAUGGGAUGCGGACAGCGUUUCGGCAAGUAAAGGCUAUCUUCGUUGUGCGAGGACUUGCAGGAGGCUUCGUGACUGUUUGGCGCCGUUUACGUAUCGCUCAACUUAUGACCUGCGCAUGGUUGACGAUGUUCGUUAUUCGCAUGUAUGUAGAAAUGUGGGAGAAGGGUCGCUCGUGGCGCGAGGCUGGACCAGCACUACUCGAAGGAAUUGCCGAAAGCACCAACACACCAAUAUCGCUGCUUGCUCUUGCUUUAACUGUUUCCUUCGUCUGUAAAUGGGUUGUCGAUGGAGCCCAGAUGGCUGUAGGUGGUCGUCGUGAUCACGGACACGUGCUCGCUCAUUCUGGGUACACUGAAGCACUAACCUUGGUUCUGUUGUGUCUUCAAACUGGUCUUCUCGGUAUGAAAACAGAGCAGAAGGCCUUUCUACUUGGGCUUGUUCUGUUUAUUGUUAUGUCCGCUUUGCUGCAGUCUUUAUAUGAGCUUCUUGAGCCUCAACUGCUGUCUCUGGCUGCAACACCUAAUGCUUCCGGUUCACGUCACAUUCGAUGUCUCGUUCUUGCCUUAAUUCUCUUUGUUGCGCCGAUUGUUAUGGCAGGCGCCAUAACUACUUUCCUCCCAGUGGAUUUAUGGUGCGUUAUCAUUGUAUCGAACUGUGUGCUUACCACCAUUCACGCUGCUUCCUCUACCGUGCAGUAUAUCAUUGGGAUGGUUGAGUCGCGUUCUCUAGAACCAUGGGAACACAGCGACGACUUAAUGUUCUGGACGAGAAUGGUUACAAAAAUUUUUGAGUUAUCUAUAGCACUUAUAGUGUUAGUCUAUGGGAUAAUUUUUACAGUCGCUGGUAAUUGGACAUUGGCAACUAUUGCGGUUCUUGUUUUUCAUGUGAUAUUUAAUAUAUAUCGUAGGAUGGAAACACUUCUUGGGUCAAUGACAGCACGACAAGCUGCUGUAAAAAAUAUAAACCGUUUGCCUCGUGCUAGUAAGGAGGAGCUUAAAGCUCGAUGUGACGUAUGUGCUAUAUGUUUUAUGGAAAUGUGGGAGGAAGCACGUGUGACGCCAUGCAAACAUUUUUUCCAUGGGUCCUGUCUCAGGAAAUGGCUUUCCGUUCGACAGGUAUGUCCACUUUGCUAUGCUGAACUGGUUGAUCCCGAUGGCGAACGUACUGAUGGAGAAUCGGAACGAGAUUUCUCUCCGGACCAAGAGAGAGUUCGGGAACGAAAUGCUGAGUGGAGGGAGUUGCGAGCUAUGGAAGGCGCCAGAGAUAUGUGGCCACUGAUGGAGCAAGUCUACGAUAAUGAAACUGAUUCUGACACCCAUUUUCCAAAGCGAUUAUUCCAUGGAAAAAUGUCCCUUUCGUUGCCGAGGUCUAUAUGGUUGGCUAGAAUGGCUGCUGUGCAAGUCAUUCCGUGUCGAAAGUCAUCUACUUGCCCAUCUCGACCAGCGGAGGCGAGCAAAAGGGGAAGCGAUCUUAAAAAAAGAAUGGAGGAGCUCAAACAUAUUCCAGAUUUCCCACUAAUCUACCCUGAUUUCCUCCAGUCACCCGUUUGGAAUCGUCGAAAUUCUUUGAAAGAAGAGUUGGAAUUCCAGGACAUGUUAGAACGUCGUACGCAUCUUGACAUACCUGAGUUCUUCGUGGGUUCUAUUGUUGCUGUUACUACAUCCGAAAAGUACAUGGGGAGCAAAGAGCAUCGCUUUGUUGGUAUUUGCAUCCGGAGAGAAAAGCAAGGACUCCACCACCAGUUUACACUGCGAAACGUUAUAGAUGGCAUUGGUGUUGAGAUAAUGUACGACUUGUACAACCCCACAAUUCGCAAGAUAGAAACAUUGAAACUGGAGAAGAGAUUGGACACCGACUUGAGUUAUCUUGUGGACGCGUUACCGGAAUACAGCACAUUUGAUUUCCACAUGGAACCGAUUGCGCACCCAGCAGGAACGCCUGUCCCAGUCAACCCUAUCAGGGUGAAACUCCGACCUCCACCUUGGUGUCGUCGCUGGGAAUUGUUGGAUUACAAAGGAAUAGAUGGCGCAUGGGAACAAUCAACUCCAUAUUUUAAACGAAAAUUCCAUAAAACUAAGAUAAACGACUAUCUCCGAUACGACCUCAUCGCCGAUUAUCGCAUUGGUUCCGAGCUGGAGCAUGAGCUGAAAGUGGAAGAGAAGAUGCAACGAUUUGAAAAAGAAAGACAUACCGCUGGUUUCACUAGACGCCGUAUUUUCCGCAGUGCAGCUGCUUCGCGAUGA